AUGCAAGGACAAGAGCCAUCGCGUGCGUAUGAGAUCGUGUGUCAAGCGCCCACGACUGACGCAAAAUUUUCUGUCAGUAAUGCCAAUGCCAAGUUAUCAAACCCCUUGAAUGGCAUACCUUAUGAUCGUCUAAUGGCAGAUGUCGAAAUUUUUGCCGAAGAGAAAGGACUGACUCAUUUGCUGCCUGAGCUCGAGAAAGGAGCGCUUCUUGCCCAGGAUCCCACUUGCCAUGAUCGUCUAGACAAAUUUUCACAAGAAGACAAACGAAUUUUAACGGAAGAGGUUGAGCACAAGUGGCGACAAACGCCCAUGCUGUAUUACAUGGUGGUGAUGUCAUCACUUGCAGCGGCUGUUCAGGGAAUGGACGAGGCUGUUAUCAAUGGCGCUCAAAUCAUUUAUCCCAAGCAGUUCAGUAUCGGCGAUCCCAACAGUAAACGCGAUUCAUGGCUGGUCGGUCUCGUCAACUCUGCGCCAUACUUAUGCUGUGCCACAAUUUCUUGUUGGAUGACGCAUCCGCUCAACCAUUAUCUUGGGCGUAAAAAGACCAUUUUCGUCACUUGCCUGAUCUCGUUCUUGACAUGCAUCUGGUCUGCAUUGACAAAUAGCUGGUGGCACCUUUUCAUCUCACGGUUCUUCCUUGGUUUUGGUAUUGGUCCCAAGUCGACCACUGUCCCAGUGUAUACCGCCGAGUGUUCACCUGCACCGAUUCGUGGCGCUCUCGUCAUGAUGUGGCAGAUGUGGACCGCUUUUGGCAUUGCUCUAGGAGACCUUGUUGACUUGGUAUUCUACUUCAUUCCGGACACCCCUGGUGUGACUGGUCUGAACUGGCGCCUCAUGCUGGGUUCUGCUGGUGUCCCCGGUCUUAUUGUCUGCCUGCAAAUCUUAUUUGCACCCGAGUCGCCUCGUUGGUUGAUAUCCAGGGGUCGCUACGAGGAUGCUUUCAAUGAGCUUUGUCGGCUUCGUUUCUCGCACGUUCAGGCUGCUCGUGAUUUGUACUACAUUCACGUGUUGCUCGAGGCGGAGAACGAGAUGGAGGGUCGCAACCGUAUUGUUGAGAUGUUCGCAAUUCCACGUAACAGGCAUGCUGCCGUUGCUAGUUGGGUCGUCAUGUUCGGUCAGCAGUUUUGCGGUCUCAAUGUUAUUGCCUACUACUCAUCCAACAUUUUCCUUGCUUCUGGUUUGACGCAGACAUCAGCACUGACUUCCUCCCUUGUAUUUGGUACACUCAACUGGUUGUUCGCCCUCCCUGCUGUCUUCACCAUCGACACUUUCGGGCGGAGGAACUUACUUUUGUUCACGUUUCCUUGCAUGGCCAUCUGUCUUUUAGUCACGGGCUUCUCCUUCUCGAGUACGUCGGAAACAGGGCGUAUAGCUGGCGUUAGUAUCGGGAUAUACCUCUUCACAAUCUUCUAUUCUUCAGGCGAAGGUCCGGUGCCGUUCACGUACUCCGCAGAGGCAUUCCCUCUUUACAUCCGUGAUGUCGGCAUGUCCUUUGCCACUGCGACCACUUGGUUCUGGAACUUCGUUCUGUCAAUCACUUGGCCAUGGCUUAUCUUGGCCUUGAAACCACAAGGUGCCUUUAGCUGGUACGCAGCAUGGUGCUGUAUUCUUUGGGUACUCAUCUUGUUAUUGGUGCGCGAGACGAAAGAUAAGACCCUGGAGGAGCUCGACCAAGUUUUCUCUAUCCCCCUUAGCAAGCACGUUGCAUACGGCCUGCGGCAGAUACCCUACGGCUUCAAGAAGUUCGUGUUGUUCCAGAAGCCUGACCCUGAGCAGCUCUAUCAAGAUGGGAACGAGAGAGAGGUGCCGAACACUGAGGGUGAGGAGAAGGCGAGGGGGGAGGUGAAAGAGGAUCCGGAGAAGACGAAUGUAUGA